GUGCAUUUGACCUACCAUUAUUUCACUGUUGUAAGAGGACCGGUUACACUAAAAUCCAGGAGUCAAAACUACAGUACAAAAAUCUGAAGAGCCAAGCCAACUUGUUAAACAAUUAAAAAACAGAUUUUAGAGAUGUCUACUGGAGUGGCAAUCAAGAAAAGAUCCAGAAUACCUGGUGUUAUUAUCACACAAUAUGUUGAACAAAUACCACCUGGAAAAAGUACCCCAGAUUUCACCAGGAAACCCAUGGCUAUAAACAUUCAAGCAGGUAAAUCAGCCACUUUCAAAGCAUUGGUGACUGGAGAGCCAAAACCCACCAUCACAUGGGCACGUAACAAGGGAGAAAUUUCUGAUCCAGUAAAAUACAAUACUAAAUAUGAUAAAGAGACUGGACUAUACUUAUUGCAGAUUUUAAAUGUAACAGCUGAUGAAGCAGAUGUAUACAAAUGUUUUGCUACAAACACAUUUGGAAAAGCUGUUUGUACAGCAACGCUUAAGGUUAUCCAAGAUGACAUCCGGAAAAACAGGCCAGGACAAAAUGAACCUGAAGACUUUAGAAAAAUGCUGAAGAAAACAGUAGUUGUGAAAAAGGCUAAAGCAAAACCCAUGAAAGAGGGUGAGGUGGACCCAAAGUUUUGGGAGGUAUUAUUGAGUGCUCAGAAGAAAGACUAUGAGCGCAUUUGUCGUGACUUUGGGAUUACUGACUACCGAUGGAUGCUAAAAAGACUUAACCAGAUGAAAAAGGAAAGAGAGGACGCACAGUCGAAGUAUGUUGAAAAGGUUGAAAAUAUGAAACCAAUAUUGCUCAAACCAAAUAGAAAAGCUCAAUUUGAACUUGAAAUGAAGCUCAAGAAUCCCAAUAGCAAAAUUUAUCUUUACAAGGAUGGUGAUUUAAUUGACUAUGGUGAUGGCACUAAAGGUUCUUUUAAAUACAAUCUGAAAAAAGUCGGCGAUAAAUACACAUUUACCAUUAAUGAUGUUGACCCAGAAGAUGCAGGCCUAUAUCAACUGAAUGUGGAAGAUUCAAACAUGUUUUCAACUGAAUUGGAGAUUGCAGAUGUUGAAUUUGAUAGCAGUCUGGAGGAUGUCUCUGUGAUCAAAGGCAAAGAUGCUUCAUUUGAAUGCGCAUUAUCUGAUCCUGUGUCAACACUUACCUGGUAUGCCAAUGAUGCAUUCAUUGAGCCGGGGGAUAAAUACGAUAUAACUGUUUCAGAAGAUAUGCUUACUCACCGAUUAGUAGUAAAGGACUGUGAACCAGUAGACAGUGGUACUUACACAGUUAUUGCUGGAAUUAAUUCAUCCAAAGCAGCUUUGAGUGUGGAAGAAGACCCAAAUGCCCUUCGGAAAGACCAGAGAGGUACAGAUAAUGCUAAAAAGUUGGGUAAAGAGCAGGCCUGGAAGCUGCAUGGCACAACAGCCAAAACAGACAGAGGACCUAGUGAUGGAUCUAGCAUGGGAGAUGGGACUGAAAAACAUGGAAUUAUGGGAGGUGGAAGUGGGCAAGGGGGAAAGGGAAAAGGUGACUUAAAAAAAGAUGGGCUGGGGAAAAAUGGACUUCUAGGGGAUGGUUCAGACAAAGGUGGAUCAAUAAAGGCUGACUUAUCUGGUAUCGGGCUGGAAAAAGAUAUAUCUGGAAAAGAUGAACUGUCAGUUGGUAGAUCAUUUGGUGGAUCAGAAAAAGGUGGAUCUGGAAAAGAUGGACUAUCAGGUGAUGGAUCUGGAAAAGAUGGACUAUCAGGUGAUGAAUUAGGAAAAGAUGGAGUAAGUGGAUUACAGGAAGAUAGCAGAAGUGGGGAUGGAGCAGGUGGUGUCAUGACGGAUGGGGAUGGAACUGGAGACAUGAAACAUAAAAAGCACCUAAGAAGUGGUCAGUUGGUCCCUGACACAAAGAAAGAACCAGAGGUCCACUUUCUUAGUGGACUAUCUAAUACUGCUGCCAAUAUUGGAGAGACAGCAGAAUUAUCUUGCACACUCAGCAGUAAAGAUUCUGUUGGAAUUUGGUACAAAGAUGGUCAAAAGUUAGAGUCUAUGAACGGAAUUACUAUUUCCAAGGAAGGUGGCAUUCACAAAAUAAAAAUAAGGAAUUGUGAGGAGGGCAAUGCAGGCGUGUAUAGGUUUGAAGCAGAAGGACGUAAAUCAGAGGCCUCAUUAAUUAUUCAAGAUCCACCAAAAAUUGAUGCAGAUGCCAUGGCUAAGUUCUCAAAAGGUGUUGUUGUAAAAGCCGGUGAAAAUGCCAUUUUCAAGCUUCCAUUCUCAGGAAAGGAACCAAUCAGAGUGCAGUGGUUAAAAGAUGAAAUAGAGCUUUUGGAAGGCCCCGGUGUCAGGAUUGAGAGUUCCAACACUCAGAGCCGACUACGUUUUAAUAAAUGUCAGCGUAAAAACACAGGCGAAGUCAAAAUCAAACUUAAAAAUGAAUUUGCUACCACUGAGGCAACAUCUAACCUUAUUGUUCUUGACAAACCAACACCACCUCAAGGGCCUAUAGAUGUUGUAGAAAGUUCAUUAUCUGCUAUUGAAAUUAAAUGGAGGCCUCCAAAAGAUGAUGGAGGCUGCCCUGUAACCAACUACAUCCUGGAGCGACAGCAAGUGGGACGCAACACCUGGACUAAAAUUGGAGAAAUCCCUGGACAACCUAAGUACAGAGACACAAAUAUUGAGCGUGGCAGAAAGUACUGCUACAGGAUCAGUGCCAAGAAUUCAGAAGGGAUUAGUGAUAUCAUGGAAACUAAUGAUAUUGCAGCUGGCACAUUGGCUUUCCCUGGUCAGCCUGCAUGUCCUAAGGUGGUCAGUGCUUUUAAGGACUGCAUUAAGCUAGCAUGGGCCCUGCCAACCAACACCGGUGGGGGAAGUAUUAUAGGCUACAAUCUGGAGAAACGCAAAAAGGGCAGUAACACCUGGAAUCAUGUGAACCCUCCAGAUGAGCCGAUUAGAGAGAAAAAGUUUACAGUGACAGAUGUGAUGCAAGGAGUGGAGUAUGAAUUCAGAGUCAUUGCAAUUAACACGUGUGGUCCUGGAGAACCAAGUGGCCCCUCUGAAAGUGUAUUUGCACGAGACCCCCAAAAGCCGCCUGGGAAGGUUAGAGAUCUCAAGGUAACUGACUCUAGUUACAACACUUUAAGCCUGGCUUGGACUAAACCAAAUGUGGAGAAUGGAAUUGAAGAUGAAGUAAAAGGAUACUUUGUGGAAAUCAGACCUACAGACCAGAUUGAGUGGAGCCGCUGCAAUACAAAUGCCAUUGUUCAGACUUCUUUCACUGUAACAGGUCUGAAACCCUUAAACUCCUACUGGGUAAGGGUUAUUGCAACCAAUGAAGGAGGAGAGGGACCUCCGAAAGUGUUUGACAACUACACUGUUGCCAUGCCUCCACCUGUAAAACCAAAAUUCACUGAACGAAAGAUGAAAAAUGUAAUGGUUGUAAAAGCUGGAAACACAGUUCGGGCCUCCAUACCUUUUGAGGCUUCACCUUUACCAGACGUCAUUUGGCUGAAGGAUAAUGUGCCUGUGGCUAAACAUGUGACAAUUACUAAUUCUGAGAAAAUUUCCCAGCUGCUAAUUCCAACAUCCGAUCGAUCAGACAGUGGCAUUUACACUAUCAUUGUCAAAAAUAUGGUCGGCCAGGAAACGUUCGACAUUGAUAUUAGAGUCACUGAUGAGCCCAAACCUCCAGGAGAAGUUCAACUUGAGCAGAAUGUUAUGGGAACUUUAACCCUCACCUGGACUCCAUCUCCUGAUGAGAAAAGAGAUGACCGGCUCCACUACAUGGUGAUGAAACGAGACUCUGUUAAACAGACCUGGGGGACAGUAGCAGACCAUCUCUUUAACCACAAAUUUACCAUCGUUAUUAUAGAGGGUAGAGAGUAUAAGUUCCGUGUAUAUGCUAAGAAUGAUAUGGGGCUCUCUGAACCAUCUGAGUCUGCAAUAUGGGGAGCUGUUAAAAAGAAAGGUAAAUUAAUAAUAAACCCACCAGAACCAAAGAAACGGAACUUCCAGGCAGCUCCCAAAUUCACGGUGCCUUUGAAACUACAUAUAGCUCCAAAGGGCUACGAAUGCUACAUGAGUUGUGCUGUAAGUGGCAAUCCCACCCCUCAUGUUACCUGGUAUCACAAUGAUGUUAAUAUCAACACAAAUAUCAAUUACUACAUCUCCAACACAUGUGGAGUCUGCUCCCUGCUCAUCCUAUUGGUGGGCCCCAAAGACACAGGAGAGUACAAAGUUGUGGCAGAGAACUCUCUGGGCCAUGCUGAGAGUUCUACCAAGCUGACAGUAAGAGAAUGAAAGAAACUACCUAUAGCAAAGUGGAAAAACAAAAGCUAGAGAACCUGGAUCAAAGCAAGCUAUAUGCUAUAUUAUUAACACAUUACUCCUUUUUUUGUGGAAAAAAUGGGGAAAACUGCGUGUGUCGAAAUGAAUGUGUGCUUUAAGUAUUGAAAUUAGCUAUGUCUUUUUAGUGAAUUACUCAACAAUAGGAUACACAUUAAAACAAACUGACAUUACACGAAAUUGGAAUAAUCAGCUUAUUUUGAUUUGCAUGGUAAAUGACAAUAUCUCAAUCAGCCUUAAAAAUACAUUAUUUUGAAUUUUUUGAACGGUUUAUUUUAUUAUUUUGAAUGCCACUAUCUUAUUUUAUUUCAAACCAAAACAUUUCAAUAAAUUUAAAAGUAAAAUCUCCAACAACAAUCUUAUUGUGCCUUGCAGCAUUAUGAAAUAAAAUAUGAAAACAACAUUUAUAAAUAAUUUUUUUUUGUGAUUGUGAUAAUUCGCUUCAUAUUAUACUGUAUAGUGGUGUUACUGCCUUUCAGUUGCAGGUUUGAUCCUGAGCUUUGGUUUCUGUCUGUGCAGAGUUUGGCAUGUUCUCCCUGCCUGCAUGUUUCUGUAAAAAUACAAUA